AUGUUUAGAAACAAUUACGAUAACGAUUCUGUUACAUACUCUCCCACGGGCCGUCUCUUCCAAGUUGAAUAUGCCCUCGAGGCUAUCAAACAAGGCAGCGCCGCCGUUGGUCUCACCUCGGCAAACCAUGUUGUGUUGGUGGCAUUGAAACGUAAUGCUGAAGAGUUGGGUUCCUACCAGAAAAAGAUUAUCAAGAUUGACGACCAUAUGGGUGUUGCGUUGGCAGGAUUGGCCCCCGAUGCUCGUGUGCUUUCAAAUUAUUUGCGGAAACAAGCCAUGCAAUGCAAGAUGAUUUUCAACCGCCCCAUCCAGACUUAUAAAGCAGCAUUGUCAAUUGCAGAUAAGGCACAAGAAAACACUCAAAGCUAUGGUCUGAGGCCAUAUGGUGUUGGAUUAUUGAUUUCGGGCUACGACGAGACUGGUGCACACUUGUUGGAGUUUCAACCAUCGGGGUCAGUAUUGGAAUAUUUCGGAGCUGCGAUUGGUGCUAGAUCGCAAGCUGCUAGAACUUAUUUGGAAAGAAACUUGGAGGAAAUCAAGCAGAGUGAAAGUGUUGAGCAGUUGAUUGUACAUGGAUUGAAUGCCUUGAGGGAUACUUUGAGUCAAGAUGUUGAACUUAAUUCCAAGAAUACCACUGUUUCCGUUGUGGGCAAGGACCAGCCUUUUGUCUUGUACGAUGAUGAAAAUGUGCAGCAGUGGUUGGACAAAUUGGACUCAGUGACUAAUGACCGUAAUAGAAAUGAUGGAAGUGGCAGUGGCGAUGACAAUGAAAAUGACAAUAAUGAGGAUAAUAAGGAUGAAGAAGGUCUGAAAGAUAAUGUAGAAACCCAACAACAGCAACAGCAGCAACCACUGGGAGAGACGAGAGAGGGUGAUGCAGAUAGAAUGGAGACUGAUGAAUAA